AUGGGAAUCAAGGGGUGCAACCAAGGUUUUAGAAUCAGAAUUUCAGACAAUUCCAAGCGCCUCAACAAUCUCAACCCCAAGCUUUCAAAUUCUGGUAUGUCUUUAGAUGAAAUUGUUAAAGGACUUGCUAAUAACACUCAACAGUUUCAACAAGAAACAAGGGCAGCUAUUCAACAAUUGGGUAAUCAAAUUUCCCAAUUAGCUACUUCUGUUAGCAAGUUGGAAGCUCAAGCUUCGAGGAAAUUACCAUCACAAACGGAGGUGAACCCCAAGGAAAAUGUGAGUGCAAUCACAUUGAGAAGUGGUAAGCAACUUCAGCCAGAAUCCUCAUUACCAGUGGAAGAGGAAAAAGAAGAAAAAUCAUGGGAGGAAAAUGAGUCUAUAGCCAAUGAAAAUUCUAAGGUAAGUUCUGAAUCCUUUGUUGGUCAAUAUAAUUCAUCUCUACCCCCUUUUCCUUCAAGGUUAUCAAAAUCAAAAGAAGAAGAACAUGAAAAUCAAAUUCUGGAAACCUUUAGAAAGGUGGAAAUCAACAUCCCAUUGCUAGAAGCCAUAAAGCAGAUUCCCAAGUAUGCAAAGUUUCUAAAAGAACUUUGUACCAGUAAGAGGAAGUUGAAGAGCAAGGAGAAAAUCAUACUGGGUAAGAAUGUUUCAGCCAUGAUAAGCAAUGAUCUUCCUAGAAAGUGCAAGGAUCCAGGUAUGUUCACCCUACCCUAUAUAAUUGGUAAUAAAAAGAUUAAGCGUGCCAUGUUAGAUUUAGGAGCAUCAAUAAAUGUUAUGCCAUUUUCCAUUUAUCAAUCUUUAAACAUUGGAGCUUUACCUGAUUACCUUAGUAAGUCUAGGAAAGAAAAAAUAAGAAGUGAAGCUAAAUAUUAUGUUUGGGAUGAGCCAUAUCUAUGGAAAUUUUGUGCUGAUCAAGUAAUAAGACGAUGUGUGCCUGAAAAUGAAACUUGUGAAAAAUGUCAAAAGACUGGUUCAUUGUCUCAUAGAAAUGAAAUGCCUCAAAUUCCUAUUCUAAUUGUGGAAAUAUUUGAUGUGUGGGGUAUUGAUUUCAUGGGACCUUUUCCAUCUUCUUGUGGCUUUCAUUAUAUUCUGUUAGCUGUUGAUUAUGUGUCGAAAUGGGUGGAAGCAAAGGCCACCAAAACUGAUGAUUCUUCAGUGGUUACAGGUUUUAUGAAAUCUAACAUCUUUAACAGAUUUGGAGUUCUGCGUGCGGUUAUAAGUGAUCAAGGGAGUCAUUUUUGCAAUAAAACAAUUGAAACAUUGUUCAAGAAGUAUGGUGUGCAUCACAGAACAGCUACAGUGUAUCAUCCCCAAACCAAUAGGCAAGCUGAAGUGUCCAAUAGGGAGGUAAAGUCUAUUUUGGAAAAAACUGUGAACACAGGUAGGAAAGAUUGGAGCUUACGGUUAGAUGAUGCUCUAUGGGCCUAUCGGACAGCUUACAAAACUCCGAUUGGGAUGUCUCCUUAUCGGUUGGUUUUUGGAAAAGCUUGUCAUUUGCCCGUAGAGAUUGCACAUAAAGCCUAUUGGGCAGUACAACGUUGUAAUAUGGAGAUGAAGAAGGCUGGUGAAGAGAGGAGAUUGCAGUUGCAGGAAUUGGAGGAGUUGAGGUUAGAUGCUUAUGAAAAUUCCAGGUUAUACAAAGAGAAAACCAAGACGUUCCAUGACAACAUGAUUUUGAGAAAAAGCUUUGAGGUAGGACAAAAAGUUUUAUUAUACAAUUCUCGUUUGAAGCUUAUGCCUGGUAAGUUACGUACUCGUUGGAUUGGACCUUUUGUUGUUUCUAACGUUUUUCCUUAUGGUGCAAUAGAGAUUAAAAGCAUUGAUACAGGAAAAGUUUUUAAGGUUAAUGGUCACAGGUUAAAGCCCUUUCAUGAGGGAAUGACAGUUUUGAGUUUGGAAGAUGUUGAUUUAGCCCUCCCGGAGUAUUUGUGAUUGAAAAAGACACAUACAGGGUUGCGUCGGGCAUAACGACAUUAAACAAAUGCGCUCUUGGGAGGCAACC